AGCGAGCGGCGGCGGGCGAAGGGCGGCGGCGCCGUCACGUGAGGCGCUGCCUGGGCUCGGCUCCGCGCAGCUCCGCCGCCGCCAGCCCGGCCCGAGCCCCGCCGCCGCCGCCUCGCCUCAGCUCGCCUCGCCUCAGCUCGCCUCGGCUCCCCGGCGCUCCCAUGCCCAGCAGCGAAGCGGUGCCGCUGGGGCUGGGCGCCUGCCGCAGGUCGGGGGCGCUGGGCGGGAUGCUGUCGCUGGUGGCGCGGCUGCUGGAGUGGCUGCGCUCGCUGUUCUGGAAGGAGGAGAUGGAGCUGACGCUGGUGGGGCUGCAGUACUCGGGCAAGACCACGCUGCUGACCGUGCUGGCGUCGGGGCAGUUCACAGAAGAUAUGAUUCCUACAGUAGGCUUCAAUAUGAGAAAAAUAACAAAAGGAAAUGUUACCAUAAAGGUGUGGGACAUUGGAGGACAGCCAAGGUUUCGAAGCAUGUGGGAGCGUUAUUGCAGAGGAGUCAAUGCAGUUGUUUACAUGGUGGAUGCAGCAGACUUAGAAAAAGUAGAAGCUUCAAAGAAUGAGCUACACAGUUUGAUAGAUAAGCCACAAUUGCAUGGAAUUCCAGUGUUAGUUCUUGGAAAUAAACGAGACCUCCCAGGUGCACUGGAUGAGAAGCAGUUAAUUGAGAAAUUAAACCUUUCAGCUAUUCAAGACAGAGAAAUCUGUUGCUAUUCCAUUUCCUGUAAAGAGAAGGAUAACAUAGACAUAACAUUACAAUGGCUUAUUCAGCACUCCAAAUCAAGAAACUGUUGAAGAAACUUUUGCUGAAGAUAACUCUUCCCCAAUCACUUUGACCCCUAUCAGCUAUACACACUGAAAAAAUAAGGAAUGCAACUGUCUACACUACCAGGACUCACUGUGGUCAUAUUUGUUAACAGAAGUAAAUCUGACUUGUAACUUGUCUGUCUAUUUUGAUUUUUUUUUUUUUUUAAAUCCAGAUAUUUGUCUGCCUAGGUGGAAUUCCUGAACGCCUUAAUACAAGACUGCAAGAAAUUCGUAAUUUUUUGAGCUGAAAUGUUUUGAGUUUAUGCAUGCAAAUUGUCAAAUAAAUAGUAAUUUUUUCUAAUUUGAAACUGAAUAAAUUGUGCAGUGGAAACAAA